AGCCCUUGUUAUUCACUGCCCUAUCCCCUUUUCUCUAUAUUUUCCUUUUAGUGAACAACUUUUCUCUCUCUCUCUCUCUCUCUCUCUCUCUCUCUCUCUCUCUCUCUCUCUAUGAAUCCAGUCUAUCUGAAUCCACCCACCUCUUCUCCUUUUCCACUUGUGGGUGUUAGAGAAGAUCAGCAACACCUGCAUCUCUUCCGCACACCCCAUCAUGCAGCUGCUUCUCUCUCUUCAGGUCCUGCUUUUUUUGACACAACUACUACUCAUGAUCACGAUCAAAGACGAGCCCAACUCGGGGAGUCUCGUCGGCAUGAUCAGGAGGAUGAUAAGUACAUAUCACAGAGCAGAUGGAGUGAUCAUCAUCAUCACAAAAACCUUUCUUCAUCUUCAUUAUUUCAAGCUGCAGCGAUAAGUGAGAGUAGCAGUAACGAGGCCCACAAAUUGUACUCAAGUAAAAGAGAGGAUGGAGAUUAUGAAGGAAGUGGUGGCGAGGGAUCUGCAGCCAAACGGAUGCCCUCGAAGAUGAGGUUGAUGCAGAAAAUGAUGAACUCCAACUCCAAUUUCUCAGGGACAGAUCAACCAGUGAAAUUUACACUAAAGUUUCAAGAUCAGCAGUGUCACAAUAACAAUAACAACAGUAUCAGAGUCUGCGCAGAUUGCAACACGACCAGUACCCCUCUUUGGAGGAGUGGCCCUCGUGGCCCUAAGUCUCUUUGCAAUGCCUGUGGGAUUCGACAGAGGAAGGCCAGACGAGCAAUGGCAGCGGCGGCUGCCAUGGCAAAUAGCACGGAUAUUUCCAUGGAGACGUUAUCUACAAAGACCAAGGUGCACAACAAGGAAAAGAAGUUGCGCACAGGCCAUAUUGCACAAGGCAAGAAAUUGCGCAAGUCUCCUGAUUUACCUCAGGGCCAAAAAAAGCUUUGCAGCUUCAAGAAUCUUGCAUUAAGUUUGAGUAAGAAUUCGGCUCUUCAACGAGUGUUUCCACAGGAUGUGGAAGAAGCAGCAAUACUACUCAUGGAAUUAUCUUGUGGUUUUAUUCACAGUUGAAAAUUUUCAUAUAUUAGCUUUACUUUCUUGACUUAAUUUAGGAGAACUUGUCAUAUUUGUUUCUUAGUUACUGUGGUAGUGAUGACAGAUCUUCAAAUUUCUGCAAUAUUGCAAACCAAAGAAUAGGUUUGCUUCAUUUUGGCUUUUUCUCCUGAAAUAAUGGAAAUUAAAUAAUAAAGUAUGAAAACUGAUAAUCCAAAA